CUGGGACCAGUUGCUGUGCCGAUUGAACAGACUUGGUCAAUCCCAUUUCUGUGGUCCUUACUUUCCCGGAUCUUCCAGCAAUGGGUGCCAAGCAAAAAGGAAGCUCGAAGUCCAAGGGCAACCAGGCUGAGGAGGUAGAGGAGACUCUGCAGGCAGUGGUUCUGGCGGAUACCUUCGAGACGAGAUUCGAGCCCUUUACUCUCGACAAGCCGCGGUGUCUUCUUCCCCUGGCCAACACCCCCCUCAUCGAAUAUACCCUCGAGUUUCUGGCCAAUGCAGGUGUCGAGGAGGUUUUUCUCUACGGAGGCGCCCACUCUGACAAGCUAGAGAAAUACAUCAAUGCUUCGAAAUGGAGAGCCCUGUCCUCGCCCUUCAAGAAACUCACAUUCCUCAAAUCCACCUCUACCUCGGUCGGCGAUGUGAUGCGUGACUUGGACGGCAAGCACCUUAUCACCGGCGACUUCAUCGUCGUAAGCGGCGAUGUAAUCAGCAACCUGCCCAUUGAGGGCGCCCUGGCCACACACCGAGCCCGCCGCGAGGCCGAUAAGAACGCGAUCAUGACCAUGGUGCUGCGCGAAGCCGGCCCGAACCACCGCACAAAGUCCUCUUCAGUUUCACCAGUCUUUGUGAUUGAUCCGACCAAGGACCGCUGUCUCCAUUACGAGGAGAUUGACCACCAUGACGACGAUGCUCCGACCCGGUUGAACAUCGAUACGGAGAUCAUUCUCACCCACUCCGAGCUGGAUAUCCGUCAAGAUUUGAUUGACUGCAGUAUCGAUAUCUGCACUCCCGACGUACUGGGCUUGUGGUCCGAUAGUUUCGACUACCAGUCACCGCGGAAGCAUUACUUGUUCGGUGUCCUAAAGGACUACGAGCUGAAUGGCAAGACCAUUCACACACAUAUCAUCAAAGACCACUACGCCGCCCGGGUACGUAAUCUGAAGGCUUACGAUGCCAUUAGCAAGGAUAUUAUUUCGCGCUGGACCUACCCCUUGUGUCCUGAUACGAACUUGCUCCCGGGCCACACUUACGAUCUCCGCAAGGGCAGCUUGUACCAAGAACAGGGCGUGACCCUGGCUCGGUCAUGUGUAAUUGGUCGUCGCACAGUCAUCGGUAAAGGCACCAGUAUCGGUGACCGAACAACAGUCCACAGCACUGUUUUAGGACGGAACUGCAAGAUUGGCCGGAAUGUCAAGCUGGACGGCGCAUACAUCUGGGACGGCGUCGUGAUCGGAGACAACACCGACGUCCCGGGGGCUAUUAUUGCUGACAAUGUGGUUAUCGGCAAGGGCUGCACUGUCGCCCCCGGUGCGCUUAUCUCUCACGAUGUAAAGAUCGCAGACGGUGUAGAGGUUGAGAGUGGAAAGCGCAUCACCAAGGUGGGACGGAAUGGAACUGCCGGUCCCACCGACUCCAAGGUGGUCGGUCAAGGAGGCGAGGGCUACGAGUUUGUGCCGGGCGAGGAUGAUGACGAGGAAGAUGACGAUGCCAGUGUCGCCUCAUCGGGACUGGUAUACCGCAUGCCAGGACUUUCGCUCUCCUCCGCCUCCAUCUCAACCCUAUCUUCCGAAGUAUCCGACGGAUCAUGGCAACGCUCCGCACGCAGCAGUUUCUCCGACGAGGAAGAACAGGACCACUUCCACCACGACGCAUCAGUUAGUCUAUUUGACGGUCUGCGCGACGGCGUCUCCGCAGACGUGGUGCAAUUGGAGCUAGUCAGUCUGCGUAUGACAGCCAACGCCUCGGAUGUGCAAGUGCGGCGCGCAAUCGUAACCUCCUUCAUGAAAUACAUCCAGCAGCUCAUGGAAGGUGGCAAGGGUGCCGGCGAUGCCGUGCACGAGGUGUUCUCCAAGUACCGUGAAGUCGUGGAGCGCACGCUAUUCGAUCGGAACAAGGCUGAGAAGAGAGAUCAGGUAGAUCUUUUGCUACGGCUGCAGCAGGAUCUGGUGCACCGCAACAAGGGUGAUACCGUGCUGCUUUUUACUGCGAAGGAGCUGUACGACUUGGAGCUGGUGGAUGAGGAGGCGUACGAGCAAUGGUGGGAUCAUGAACGGUCUACUGAAAGUGAAGAGAUGAAGACCGUUCGUAGCCAGGCGCAGCAGUUUGUGGAUUGGCUCGCGAAUGCUGACGAGGAGGAGAGCAGUGAGGAGGAAGACAGUGACGAGGACGAUGAGUAG